AGGACUUGGACCUCUUCUACGCCGAGGACCACUCGGCCGCCCACGCCGCAGCCGCGUCGGCGGCGGCCACGAGCUCCGCCGGCGGCAGGCUUGGCGGCGCUUCGGCCGCGAUGCCCCCGCCGACCACGCUGGAGCAGGUGACCCUCGGGGGCACGCCCCACGCCCCGAAGACUGUGGGGACGGCCGUGUUCGGCGAGGACGACGAGUCCGACGACGAGCAGGAGUCUGAUGACGACGACGAUUGGAAGUAUUGCCAGCAGGCGAGCCAGGCCGCCGCGCCGGCGCCGGCGCCGGCGCCGCCAGCGCCCGUGGCCGCGGUGGCGGCGGCAGCGCAGGAGGCCGAGGCGCCGGCGGCAGCUGCGGCAGUGGCGCCAGAGGCGGCAGCGGCGCCACCGCCUGCCCCGCAGGCGGCGGCAGCGGCGGAGGAUGCACCGCCGCCGCCGCGCGCAGCGGAGGAGGAGGAGGAGGCGCCACUGGCUGCAGCCGCGCCGACACUGGCACCGCAGGCUGGCGCCACCUCUGGCGGAUCCGGGGCGACCGAGCCGCCAGAUCUGCUCUGAGGCGCGCCGCCGGCCGCCGCCGCCGCCGCCGUCGC